UUCAGCCUCAGCUCAGUGGGGAUUGUGACUUCAGCUUGGGCGGACGUGAGUGCUCGAGGCCAGCAUAAAGUUCGUGCGAAUCGAAAACCGAGACGGCCAAAUAGGAAGAGAGAAAUUUUCAGCGAAUUUCAUUUGCAUUUGUGCGGGAUCGGGAUCAUUAACAUGCACGGCUAGGCUAAGCGCCAUUAAAAGUGAUCAAAUUGUGCAUGCCGAGUGCCAUUUGAGUGACUGUGACUGUGUCUGUGCCACAGCCCUGCUAAUCAGUCAUUCAAGCCGCGCAUGCGCAAGGAAUAUAUGUACAUAUAAUCCCAACCCAAAUCGUAACUCCCGCGCACGUGUGCUCGACCAACUUAAUUGCCAAGGGCGUGAAAUAAUUAGCCUUCAACAUGACUGCUUCGCCGGGACUUUUGCACAUGGAUCAUCCGGUCAAAGCUUUCUAUCAGUUUUUCCUCGACCUGAUAGUAUUCACCUUUAAAUCUAUAUUCUACAUACUGGAAUCGGUGUACUAUAGCCUGCUGCCACAGCGUUUUAGAAAGUUAAAGGACGUCGCUGGCCAGGUGGUGCUCAUCACUGGAGGAGGUGGAGGCGUUGGUCGCUUGAUAGCGCUUAACUUUGCCAAACUUCAGGCCCGCAUAGUCAUCUGGGAUAUCAAUCAAGAAGCAAUUAAGACGACGGUGGACCUGUUGGCCAAACAUGGUUAUGACAACUGCAAGGGCUAUGUGGUCGACAUCUCGGAUAGGGAGCAAAUCUACCAGCGGGCCAGCCAGGUCAACGAGGAAGUGGGUCCAGUGGACAUACUGAUUAACAAUGCGGGAAUCGUCUGCUGCAAGCCCUUCUGGGAGCUGCACGACCGCGUCAUCCAGAACACAUACAACAUCAAUAUAAUAUCGCACUACUGGACGGUUAAAGCUUUUCUGCCCCACAUGAUGCGGAAUAAUCGUGGUCAUAUUGUGACCGUGGGCUCCGUAACCGGAAUGCUGGGCACCUACGGUUGCAGCGACUAUGCGGCCACCAAAUACGCCUGCAUCGGCUUCCACGAAAGUCUGCUCACGGAUCUGAAGGCCCAUGGCUAUGAUCAAAUCCAGAUGAGCCUGAUCUGUCCGUACUACAUCAAUACUGGCAUGUUUUCGGGCGUUCGGCCGCGAAUGAUGCCCAUGCUGGAGCCGCAGUAUGUGGCGGAUCGUAUCGAGAACGCUGUCCGCUGUAAUGAGGUGUGGUGCGUCCUGCCCAACUCGAUUCGCCUGCUUACGCCACUUAAAUGUCUUUUGCCCGCCAAAAUGUGCUGGGAGCUGAUGUCGCGUGUCAUUCGCGGCCCCGAGUCCAUGAUGAUGUUCCAGGGUCGAGGACGUGUGGCCGCUGGCUAGCCUCCUAAUGGGACUAAUCCCAGAAUCAUAUCCUUUAAGCUUAAGUUGUUAUCAAGAGGCGUUUAUCUAUAAUGUUACAAUAAAGUAAAUUAAACGAUUGAAUUGUUUUAACGAA